UAAGUAAUAAAGUAAAAAAACAUGUCAAAAGUUAAUAAAAGAAAGCAUGUUAUGAAUGAAGCAUUGUGGGACGACUAUGAACUUCCUAAAGAAAAUCAGAGCGUAGUACGGGUAUUAAAAAGUAAAGGAAACAAUUUACAUGAGGUCAGUACACCCAAUGGAGAAGAAUAUUUAGUGUCCAUGCCAACAAAAUUCCGCAAAAACAUAUGGGUGAAGAGAGGUGAUUACAUCCUUGUGGAACCAAUACUGGAAGGUGAUAAAGUGAAAGCGGAAAUUGUUAAAAUAAUGAAUAAGGACUCUAUAAAAUAUUACAAAGAGAACAGUCUGUGGCCAAAGGAAUUUGAUGAUGGCAAAAAAGAAGAGAAUAGAAUUAAUAAUGGUGAUGAUGAUGAUGAUGACUUAUUUGUGAAUACCAAUAGGAAAAAUAUAAAUGUAUAUGAAAGUGACAGUGAAUCUAGUGAUGACAGUGACUCUAAUAGUGAUAGUGAGAGAGGCAGUUCUAAUAAAUAA